AUGGACGGCCGUGAGCACGAUGAAGGAGGCAGAAACAAUGAGGAAGGAAGGGGAUGCCUGAGCUAUAGAGAUAUUGAAAAAAAGCGCAAGGAAAUGGUGAGCCAGCAUGCAUACAGGCUACUUCAACAGAGAGAAAUGACCAACAAGAGUAUUGAGCAGGAGUUGAGCAAAUAUACACAGAAGGAAGCGAUUUUGAAUAAUCUUGGCAAGUCAGUGGAAAAUUCAGCCAAUGAAGUAGAAAGUUGUGGACCAGCUAUCCACAUAGAUGAUGAUUCACAAAAUUCACAGCUAAUGAAUGAAAAAGCGUCUGAUGAGCACAAAAGUGUUGAAAGCAUAACAGCUUUAGAUGGACGACAAGAUUGCUGUACAAAUAUUGUUUUUUCAAAUGAGUUUAUAUCCAGGUUUAUACUGAAUAGAAAGUAUGUAGAGAUAGAAGAGAGUAUCUGCAGAGAAAAGCUUAUGAUGCCAAGAUCAAUGCAAAUCCAAAUAAAGAUGCAAAUCAACAAGAGACUAUCUCAGGUGAGUGGUAACGCCGGACAGGUGGAUAAGAUAUUUAAUGUGCUACGUGAAUAUUCAAACUCAUAUUUGUUUAUUGAAACAUUUGUUCUGAAGCUUAUUGAGCAGGGAAGGAUACAAGUAAGUUCAUGCCCAGGCUCGUAUAGAGAGUUUUCUGCGCUUUUCUGCAAAUUUUUCACAGUUGAGCUGAUGGAGUAUUUCCGAGUGGUUUUGUUUACAAUGAAGGCAACAAUAGGCACUAUUCGUGGGAUGUAUGGAAUAUACUUUGGAGUGUUAGAAAUGCUAGGAGAAGCCGAUGAGGCAUGGUUUUUUAUUGCUUCUGUACUGAACUCUGAACAGAACGAAAUGUCCUGUUAUGUUAUUGAGUGUUUCUUUUCGAUUCUUGGUGGAAUGCUUUUUGUAAGAUGCAGAGGACCAUUCAUUAAGCUAGUCGAUUACACCAAGAAAUAUUAUAUGCGUGAUAUGAACAAUGAACCUUGUAAAAUACGCAUGCUAUCUAUUCUUGAAAAGUAUGAUUUGUAA